CACCACUACACCCAUCAAUACGUAGCUAUCUUGAUUAUCCUUUGUCGGUUGAAAGCCUGCCAAUUGUUAUUUAAAUUCCUCCUGCUCUCAUUUUUUUUUUCAUUUUCAGAUUUGUGCCACUCCAAACAUUUUCUCCCACCUUCUGUUUCUGUUAGCCCACUGAGCACAUCAGAGUGUGUCUUGGACGUGUUUCAUUUUACCACCUCACCCUCUGAUCCAGAGCCCAGCCUUCUUCUACCACACUGCUCAAAAAGUCACUAUUAACCUAUCUCAUCUCCUCGGCUCAUUGCAAAAAUCAGGUGUAAAUUUGCCGAAGAUGUCUGCCCAAACAGCCACUGUUCAAAACCUCUCGUUCGUAUUGGAAGGCGUUCAUCGGGUCAAGUUCGAAGAUCGUCCGGUCCCUGAAUUGAAAGGACCCCACGAUGUCCUCGUGAAUGUCAAGUUCACGGGUAUAUGCGGGAGCGAUGUUCACUACUGGGAGCAUGGUUCCAUUGGCCAAUUCGUCGUCAAAGACCCUAUGGUGCUGGGCCAUGAAUCAUCAGGCAUUGUUCGCAGGGUCGGUUCGGCGGUCACGGGGCUGAAGGUGGGAGAUCGUGUUGCACUUGAACCCGGCGUACCUUGCCGUCGCUGUGAACCGUGCAAGUCUGGGAAAUAUAACCUGUGUGAGAAAAUGGCAUUUGCCGCGACCCCCCCAUACGAUGGCACCCUCGCCAGUUACUACGUUCUGCCCGAGGACUUCUGCUACAAGGUCCCAGACAGUAUUACCUUGCAAGAGGCUGCACUCAUGGAGCCCCUUGGUGUCGCGGUACACAUCGUCAAGCAGGCAGAUGUUAAACCUGGCCAAUCGGUGGUAGUAUUCGGUGCUGGACCAGUGGGACUCCUGUGCUGCGCUGUAGCGAAGGCGUACGGCGCGUCCAAGGUUAUUGCCGUGGAUAUCCAGAAGCCGAGACUCAACUUUGCCGCCAGCUACGCAGCAACUUCAACAUAUGAGCCGUUUAAAGCCAGCCCCUCGGACAAUGCGAAGAGAAUCAUCGAGGAAAAUGACCUAGGCUCGGGCGCAGAUGUAGCAAUCGAUGCAUCCGGAGCAGAGCCAUCUGUGCACACUGGAAUACACGUCGUUCGCGCUGGCGGAACGUACGUACAGGGCGGCAUGGGAAGGAGUGAGAUCACCUUUCCGAUCAUGGCUGCAUGCACCAAGGAAUUGAAUGUGAAGGGCAGUUUCCGUUAUGGUAGUGGUGAUUAUAAGCUUGCAGUAUCGCUUGUUGCCUCGGGCAAAGUGAAUGUCAAGGAUUUGAUCACUGGUACUGUCAAUUUUGAAGAUGCUGAACGGGCAUUCGAAGAGGUCAAGGCUGGAAAGGGUAUUAAGACACUUAUCGCUGGUAUAGAGUCCUAGACACGAACUGGUUACAAUUGAUACCAAGGCUCGACCG